AUGAAAUCUAGACGCUAACUUCAGGGGAAUAGUGAUAUACGGGUAUGACGUAGAUCGGGUGGUGUCAAAUGCGUGGCCCUCCACACCCCUAUGUGCGGCCCGCGGUGUAUUUGCUAUUCCAGUCUUCCACUCGGCCUUUUAGCAUAAUGAACUAAGCCAGUGCAUCGUCUUCUAAGACCAUGAUUUACACUCCUACAAGUUUUUUUUUUUUUUAUUGUGUUUUUUGUAACGAAUGAAAUGAAACGUUUUUGUGUCAGUGGGCGUCUCGCAGCGUCGACUCUUGUUUAUCUGGUCCGCAAACUCUAUAUUUAAGGUGAAAUGUGGCCUCUAGGGAUGAAUGAGAUUGGCAGUACUGACGUAGAUGAUGGAAAAAGGAACUGAGGUGCUUCCCAUCCCAUGCCUGUUGCCUUAAUCACACGUUCACCUUGAAGAAUGGUUAAUCCUGGGUUUAAACACGACAUGCUUUUCUCAGCGGAACGCGUGGCACUGCAGAAUAACAAGACAUACAUUGUUUAGCGACAGUGAAAGCUGCGAGAAUGAAGAAUUCGUCGAAAUAUGGCAUUGCGGUAUUUCCUCGGGGUGGAUUUAAGCAUAGAGCAUCACUUUACACCAUACCUCGCAGCAUGAGACCCUGGAGCUAGGAUUUGCACUAUACAUCAUCCAUUAUUAGGGUAGUGGAGGAGGUGACUGACGCUGGAUACCUGUCCAAAUUGACCGAGUGUGGUUGCUCUGUAUCGAUUUUUGUGGCUGUGGUUCACCCUUCAAAAGGCGAAGGUUAAGCAGAACGAUGGAAAUAAUCACAUGGAAAUUUUCGCUUGGAAAUAGCUUGCAACAAAUAAAAUAGAUAAACAGGUAAAACAAGGCAAGCAAUGCAAUAAAUACAGUAAUUAUCUCUUUCUUAGAUAAUUUGAGAUCUCUAUUUUGUCUUCUACAAGAGAAGUUAUAGAUGCAUAGAGGAUACUCCUUAAAAUACAAUCCUAUCACAAUUACCGUGUAUUUUAGCUGCGAAAACUUGCGAAUGACAGAGAUAGGAAUUACUGGCUGACAUUAUCCGAGUUCAAUGGUACCGUAUGACUCAUCCACGCAGUCAAACCCUGACACUUCAAAAUACCAGUGAAAGUGUCCCAUGUACGUCUUCCAUAUAUAUAUAUUUCUCUCUAAAAUCUACAAGUGAAGAAGAGCACUUCUUUACAUUCUGUACUGAUUAUAUAGUAUACUAUACCAAGCUGAAGUUUAUAUACGCUAUUUAUAAACCAUAUCAAUGCAGCCUUACAAAAGUGUGUAUUAUCUUUUUCAUCCUAUCAGUCGACUGUACUCUGGACGCUGGGUAACAGUUGUGAUCAAAAGUAGUCUAUAACUCAGUUGUAUGUGGAAAGAUUCUUGUGUUACAUUUGGGGGAAAUUUGUGAUUUAUUUAUGACUUUUGGGUUCUGGCAAAACUGGGGAGGCGGUAGUUCAGCGUCUGCCUUUCUAAUAGCGAAAUCUUUGCUAAAACGUCACUUAUAGAAAUUGAUGUGACUAAUGAUAUAAUAGGCUGUUUGCUUACAUUGGUUGAUAAAGGAAUUAGUAUAGAUAUGAGGAAAAUGUGUGCAUUAUCAUGUUAGGUGAAAAAUAUGGCUACUGCAUCACAACUGACAUCAAAUCAGUGAGAUAAAAGAACCAUAACCUAAAACAAAUAACUCAUCACGGAACAUACUACUCUCGAAACACCCAUGCCCACACAAUGGCUCAAAAUCACACCGAAAAUAACAACAAUAAAAAGUCCCAGGAUCUGCGGCCAGCGAGAGGACUCCGCCCGAGCUGGCAACACUGGGCACUCGGCGAUGUAAACAUGUCUGCGAAGAAGGCAGACGACACGGGGGGCCAGGAGAACCAAAAUGAGUGUUUCCAGACGUGCAAAGUGGUUAUCAUCGGCGCAGGCAUGGCAGGAUUGUCGGCGGCGAAUCACCUGAUGAAAAAUAACAUCCAUGACUUCGUGAUACUCGAGGCGAGGAACAGAGUCGGGGGUCGGAUCAUCGCUAUUACCAUCGAUGGACGGAAAAUGGAACUUGGUGCUAACUGGAUCCAUGGCAUCCUGGGGAAUCCUAUAUAUGAAUUGGCUUCUGCAAAUGGAUUGGUGAAUAUCAUCCAGGAUAAUAAACCUCAUAACGUUGUGGCAACACUACCAGAUGGUCGAAGAGUUCCUUUUCACAUAGUACAGGAAAUCUAUGAUGCCUACUUUUGGUUCUUCAAGCGCUGCGAGGAAUAUUUUUUGUGUAAAUAUAUUCCUCCAGAUGGUAUUGAGAGUGUUGGUGCCCACAUAAGGUUGGAGAUAUCCAUAUACCUUGAGCAGUUUCCUGAGCACGAGAGACGCAUUAGAAACCUUAUCUUCAACUACCUCCUCAACCGAGAAACAUGCAUUAGUGGUUGUAACACCAUGGAAGAAAUAGACCUCAUGGAAAUUGGCAGUUACACUGAACUUCCAGGAGGAAAUGUUGUACUACCAGGUGGCUACAGCAGCAUCCUUGGACCACUAACAAAAGAUAUUGAAGAAGAGAAGUUACUCAAAGGCCAUCCGGUUGCAUCAGUGAGAUGGAAACCCCCACUAAAUGGCUUCAGUACAACUGACUCAGGACUUGGGCAAGACCUUACAAAUAAAGCUGAAGAAAAUUCAGAAUAUCUAGUAUCAGAAAGUGGAACAAGUGGUAGGCAACCAGCUGCAUCUCCAGCAAGGAAGGCUAGGGCAAAGGUGGAGGUGGUUUGCCAAAAUGGGAAAAAGUUUUAUGCAGAUCACGUAAUUUGCACAAUUCCACUAGGUGUAUUGAAGGAAAAUGGAAAGACUGUGUUUGAUCCACCACUCCCAGAAUAUAAAAUGGACUCUAUAAACAGGUUGUGCUUUGGUGUUGUGGACAAAAUCUACUUAGAGUAUGAGAGACCCUUUCUUAACCCUGGACUUACAGAAGUGCUGUGUCUGUGGGACCCCAUUGAUCCGAGUGAACCCAUCCAUGAAAGGUGGUUCAAGAAGAUUUAUUCCUUCUCAAAGGUCACUGAGACAUUGCUCCUGGCAUGGAUUUCGGGUGACGAAGCUAAAUAUAUGGAAACGCUUCCAUUUGAUGUGGUGUCAGAAAAGUGUACCGCCAUCCUUCGACAAUUUCUCAAUGACCCUUUCAUACCAAAGCCCAAGAGGUGUAUCAACACUACUUGGUGGUCGCAGCCUUAUACCCGUGGCUCAUAUACAGCAGUAGGCGUAGGGGCCUCUCAGGUUGACAUCACAAAUAUUGCACAUCCACUGUAUAUGCAACCAACCUGCAGCAAGCCUGCAGUGCUAUUUGCUGGAGAGCACUGCCACCCAAGCUUCUAUUCAACAGUUCAUGGGGCUUACUUAUCUGGACGAGAAGCUGCACAGACGUUGUGUGUACCAGACACUCCACCUGAGGUUGUUCUAGAUGUUGAAGGAACUGCAGAUCUCUCUUCAUGGAUAGAAGGAAUUUCCCUAAAUUAAUUUUGUUUUUCCCUAAAGACAGGCAUUACAUUAUAUAUAUUUUUUUUAUAUAAAUAUAGAUUUGUUUUCUCUCUUUUUCCAUCUUGACUUUUUCCUAUUUCUUUCUGUCUCUCUCUCCUUUCCUAUUUUCAUCCCUCUACCCCUCUGGAUCCCUUUUCCAUUGCCAACCAUUUUACAAAUUGAAGUCUGAACAACGUAUACCUUUAAGUGCAAACUGGUGCUUAUGUCUUAUCAUAUUAGGUUGAACAAAUAUGAGAAUUGUGGCGUCAUAGAAAUUUAAAAUGUCACUGUAUAUCACAUUGUAAGUAUUGUUGCAGGUCAGAUGUUAAUUAUUUGAUAAUAAUGUUGAUGAGACUGUAAUGCUGUUGACUACAGUUAUUUGUGUAAUUAUUAAUAUUAGUAUUGUAUUUAUGAUUUUUAUUAUGGAAAAUACAGUCAUGAUUUCAAAUAUUACAGGAAUUUUCAUUAUGAUUAUAUUAAGCAUGAUUUUUGUUAUCGAAAAUCUGUAAUCAUUAUAAGUAUUAUUAGCUGUAUCAUUACGACGACUGAUCCGUGUUUAUCAGCAAUGUUGUCAUAUCUGUCAUUAUUAAUUUUGUUUUUCUCAUCAUCUGUAUUAUCAUUGUUUUUUAUUAUUAGUAGUAUCUAUAUUUUUUUAUCAUCAUGCAGUUAUUGGAUACAGAGCAUAUCUGUAAACUCUUUCAAUGUUUCCAAACAUGGCGUGGAGUGUUUUGCAAUUUCUUGUUAUUUUCCCAGUGGCGUCAAGGUGUUAAAUGUUAUAUUGAAAUUC